AUCACUUUUUCACUUCCUAAGUGGAUCGAUGUCAUUGUCAUCCAAGAUGGAGUGAAGAUGAGAGGACGAGAGCAGAGUCAUGGCUUCUUCCCAGACAGCAGGAGAGACGGAGCGGCCCGUUUCAAAGGGAGGAAGCCGACAGGAGAGGGAUGCGGUAGAGGACGGCACUGAAUCUGGUGCUCUUGAGUUAGUCUCUGUCACAGAAGAGGACCUUCCUGUUGUCGAGACGCCCACCACGUUCAAUGUGAGUUCCUUCAGCAGUCAAAACAGCCAUUCCAGUCACUUCUACGACCCAGACUCGCAGGACCCUCACGUCCCCGUUGAGCUGCCCGCCGUGGCGUCCGCUCCACUGCCUGUGUAUAAAGCCCAUAACAUUCAGAUCCCACCCAGCCCAGGUGUGCCCGUCAUCAAGGUCCAGCCCUUCUUGGACGGAGAAAGACUGUCAGACUUGAAGUCUUUGUGUUGGCCAUAUGUGUCUCGCAGAUUGCUGGCUCUGCUCAUCAUCUUGGGAUUGCUUAUUGUCUUGGUUCUGGUUCUAGGAAUAGGUUUGGGAGUGGGUCUGAAGAGUUGCUCAGGAAAGUUCCGCUGUUUGUCGUCGAUUCAGUGUAUCAGCAGAAAUGCUGUGUGUGAUGGAGUCGAGGACUGUGGAGAUGGAGAAGACGAGCUCAGCUGUGUGCGUGUGAGUGGCAGGAGCUCUGUGCUGCAGGUGUUCAGUAGGGGCUCAUGGAGGACUGUGUGCUCUGAAGGCUGGGAUUCUCACCUGGGCUCUGUAGCCUGCAAACAACUGGGAUACAACAGCUACGUGAGCUCUACUGAUGUUCCCAUCUCCUCCAUUGAAGCAGUCUUUCAGAAUAAUCUAGUGGCUCUUAAUAUCAACCAAACAGGCCUUCAAGACAACUUCAAGAUCCAAAACUCUUCACACCUCAGAAAAACUCAGUGCACUUCUGGUGUAGUGACUGCUGUCAAGUGUAUAGAGUGUGGCUCCAGGCCAGCCGUCCGCAGUCGUAUUGUGGGAGGGAACCUGUCGAGGUCUGGGCUGGUCCCGUGGCAGGUCAGCCUGCAUUACCAGAACCAGCAUCUGUGUGGAGGAUCAGUCAUCAGUGAGCGCUGGAUUCUCACUGCUGCGCACUGUGUGUACGGACUGGUUUAUGGUGAUCUGGUGUUGGGGGACAGCGGAGGGCCGCUGGCCUGUCAGGGGUCCGGGUGGACAUUGGUGGGGGCAGCCAGCUGGGCUGAGAGCUGUGGACAAGCAAACAAACCAGGAAUUUACACCAGCAUAAGUGAAGCUCUCACAUGGAUUCAGCAACAAAUGGAGAAAGAAGAGGAUCAGCGGCGCUGAGCAUCUCUUAGUGGAUGAGCUUCUAUUUCAAUACAUAACAUCCAACAUGACUUAAGGCCCCGUUCACA